AUGGUAGAGCAUGGCCUGAUCAGCUCAGAACCGCCACAACUAGUGAGUCGCGAUGCAGCCGGUUCCGGUGCCGUCAUGAUCUCGCGGUGGAGGGUAGACCAACGCGACUCACCCACACCCGCCGCAUCGAAAACGAAGAACUCCUCUAAAUCAUCCAAACCGAUCAAUGCCAACCCUCUGCCGCACAGCAUCUCGCUGCGCAACGCCUUCCGAGAGAAAUUCUUCUCCGCCCUUGUCGAGGAACACAUGAUGGGACCCCUAAACGAACCCAGCUUGUCGCUGAGCGAGCGCAGCGACUGGAUGCUCCAGGUCUUCUACCUGCCGUCUCUAACGCCGGCCCUGGAGAACGCCUUGCUCUCCAUCUGCACGGCGCGCCUCGGGCGGCAGACUCCCAACCAGGUCUUGGUCCACGAGAGCUUGAAGCUGUACACGGCAGGCAUGGCACAGAUCCGGCGAGACAUUCUCGUCAAGUCAAAGAGAGACGACGAGCAGAGCCUCGCCGCCUGUCUGGCACUGCUCAUGUACGAGGUCAUGGAGUGUCCCGCAGGCACGGCGGAAGCGCUCCGGGCACACUAUAACGGCAGCAUGAAACUGUUGGAGAUGCGAGGCCCCGGGGCUCACUCUUCGGGCUUGGCCCACAGCACCUUUCAGAUUCUCAGAGUGCACACUAUUGUGCAGGGAAUCGGGCAACGCAAGCGGACAUUUCUCGCGUCCCCGGAAUGGCUCGAUCUGCCUUGGGGCUCGCAUCCAGAGAAAACGCCAUUCGACCGUCUCGUCGACAUCCUCCUAGUCGAUAUCGCCGACCUCUUCGUCCUGUCCGAGAGUCUCAAGAGCCGGACGGAGCCGCAAGAAAUCCUCUCGAGCGCCAUCGAGACGCUCCGGGAUGGACAAAGAGUAGAAUCGCUGCUAGGCCAGUGGUUCGACAGCUUCAGGGCCGCCAUGCCGGGAGACCUGUACCACGCCGAGCUAUCCAAGAUCACGACUUGCUUCGACACGGACGACACGGGAAAGGUCUUUCCCGUCGCGUUCCGCUUCUCGGCAUUCCUCGUGGGCCUGAACCUGGUGUACUACUGGGUCGCCCUCCUGAGCGUGCACGCCCAGCAGCACUCCACAUACCGCCUACUCGCGCGCCUCGCCGCCGCGCUGGACGCCAUGGGCCGCGACAAUCUGCCGUGCACAUGCUCGGAUGCAAUCGAGGACUCGCCGGUGCAGUGCCUGCGGCACUUCGCCAUGGAGCUGCUCGACAAACAAGUGGAAUGGCCCCGCGCCGCAGCCUCCAACAUCUGCCAGUCCAUCGAGUACUUCCUCCAGGACCGGACGCGAGGGUUCGGCCCGGUGAGCGUCCUGCCGGCCCUAGCUAUAGCGAAAGGCUUCGUGAUGCAUGCCCCCGGCUGUUGGGACCGCGAGCUGGCCUGGAUCGACGAGGUCAUUGGCCGUAUCCGGGCCAGCGGCUACGGGAUAGCGGCCACGUUGGACCAGGAGCCGGAACUGAGGAGGCCAAGCGGAAACGAGACAGAGCGGCGCGUCAAUGAUCUUAAUGAUGGCGCACUGGUUUCGUCUCAAUCUCAGAAUGAGCAGACAUUCUAUCUUGGUCCAUUUCCAUGUUACGACCCCGACUCCCAAUGUAAUCAAUUUGCCACGGGCGCAGGCAGCCUUACGCCAUCAGAGGAGCAGCCCAGUCACAGCUCGUCAGCCCACACCUCGCACAGGAAACCAGGCCUUGCACACGUCUUCUUUUCAUCCGUUCAUCCCUCAUCACCAGCCCAGCCCAUCCCAGCCCCCUCACUGCAGAUUCACAAACAGCCCGCCGUCGACGAGCAGCUGCGCCCCCGUGACGUAACCGCUCAGCUGCUCGCAGGCGAGGAACACGGCCGGGCCCGCGAGGUCCGCGGGAACCCCCGUGCGGCCCAGCGGUAUCCGGCCCUCCAUGUACCGCCGCUUGCCCUCGUCCGCGAGGUCCUCCUCGUUGAGCUGCGUCUUGACGGUCCCCGGGAGAAGGGCGUUGCAGCGGAUGCCGUGCCGGCCCAGCGCCACGGCCGUGCUCUGCAUGAGCGACAGCACGCCCGCCUUGGUGGGCGUGUAGUGCGUCUGCCGGCCCCCGCCGACGAGCGCGCUGAUGCUGCUGACGCCGACGAUGCUGCCGCCCGGCGGGCUCUGGCCCCGGGCCAUCUGCCGCGCGGCCGCCUGGACAAAGUAGAAGGCGCCGUCGAGGUUGGUCCGCACCGUGGCGUCCAAGAGCGCCGCGUCGAGGUCGAGGAACUCGGCAAAGGCGCAGACGCCCGCGUUGCUGACGCACACGUCGAGCCGGCCCGUGCCGAAGGCCUCGAGGGCCAGGGCCACGAGCGCGGCGCCCGUCGCCGGGUCGCGCACGUCGCCGGCCCGGUGCGCGAGCCGGCCGGCGGACGGGUCGGCCUGCCUGAUCGCGGCGGCCUCGGCGACGAGCGAGUCGAGGUGCGGCCGGUCCUUCUCGAGGCCGAGGUGGUUCACGGCCACGCUGCAGCCCUGGCGGAGGUACUCGAGGGUGAUGGCGCGGCCGAUGCCCGUGGUGCCGCCCGAGAUGACGGCCGUCUUGCCCUUGAGGAGGUGCAUCAUGUUGUCCUUGGGCUCGCACGUGGUAACCGGGCCUUAAUCACCGUGGACUCUGGUAAAGGAAAGGGCCAGACAAAACUCGGACAAACCAGGGUCUGGGGUUUGGGGUUUGGGGUUUCGCGUCUCGAGUGUGCUCGCUUACUGACUUCACGGCGGUCCAAAAGGGCUGAUUGA